AUGUCGAUAUUAAAUAUAACGUUUAUAAUUGUACUCUUUUCGUGCUUAUAUAAUCUAGUCAAUGCUGGUCCCUAUAUUGGUGGAUAUAUCGGUGGUGGUAUAGGUGGACUUAUUAUAUUAAUUCUUGAUAUUAUUGCAAUUUUUGAUGUCCUUCGAACACCUCGUGCUAUUCUUGGAAAAUUACUUUGGAUUUUAUUGAUUAUAAUUUUUCCUAUUGGUGGAUUACUUAUUUGGUUAAUUUGUGGACGAAAAACAACACCAGUUAUUUAA